AUGCGAAUAUCUAGUUUGCGCUAUGACAACAGCUGCCGAAGAUUUAGUGAAGUCCAAGAAAAUGUGGUAAGUACACUAAAUCGAAAAAUUCUGACUAGUGUAGUUUUAGUAGGAUGGUUAAACAUGUUGAGCCGGGGAAUAUGAUAUGAGCAGGGAAUGAAAAAAUAUAUUCCAUUGUUCUGUUAUUGUUAUCAGCUACCAAUUGUUUCAACCCCACGCCCCGCCCCAAUUACAGUCAAAGCCGCCACCAACUUUUCAGACAGUGAAUAAUACCGUGUGGGAUUAUGUAACAUAUUCCCCUAAAAAGAACAAAAAAACCGAGCAAAGGGAAAAUAAUUUCUGUAAAUACACUGUCUUUAAAAUAUGAAUAAAUAAGAAAACCAGAACGUGUUCCAGAAUUUUUCACACCCAUAAAAUACAUCUCUGAGCAUGCUCAGCACUUUUGGGCCUUUUAACAGACCGAAACAGGAGCCCAUAACCCGGAGUGAGCAACUCCCAUACUAGGCCUAUGUCACGGCGUUUUUACGGAGCAGUUUAUUUUUACACACAUUUUAGGGCUCUUUUUCCAGCGAACACAGAAUCUCCACCAUAUCUCUGAGCGCAUUCGAAGUAUAAGAUAUCAAAAAGGAAAACUAAACGUUAUUAAAAGGCACAAAAUAUAAUUUUUAGAUCUGUAGGUUUUGCUGGCUGGUUUGUGGAAUUUAAAAGAUAUUUAAAAUUCGCGCCAAAACCGUUCUAAAAAUACACUGGUCCAUGAAAAAGCCGUCAGAUACGAGCUCAUGGAAGUUGCUCGGUCCGGGUUAUGGGCUCCUGACCGAAACUGACAGUUGUCCCGCUACCUUUUCAUAUACUUCAACUGGUGAAAUCCCUUUUCUUUCAUACUGACCUGAAGCCUGAAAAAGAUACCCUUUUCGGGCGGAGUCUUCCUGUGUAGGCCAUUACAGAAACUUGAAAGUACCCCCCGUGUGGCAUUUCAUUCUCCGAAAAGAAACCUCGACGUUUAUACCACCAAAAUGAUAUUCGGUUAUUGAAGAUAUACCGACUCUAAAUUCAACUUCAUUUUCUAUCACCUGAAAAGAGGGUUUUUAGAAGUGUUAAGGGUAGGGGUAAACAUUGAAUGAAAGUAAGCGUCUGGCAUAUAGUAUAGCUAUAUACUGAUUCUGCACAACCACUGAUAUGAUCAUGAGCGGGGAAAUGUGUCAAACCUGAAGUUACCCCGACUGAAGCACUGCUGUCAAUUCCGUGUAUCCUGGACAUCUUUUGUGUCUGUUAUAGAGAAGUGACUACCUAUAUAGAAAGUCAAAGAAAGGUACUGAAGCAAAGCAUUUCCCGCCCCUCCCAUUUUCUCAGGAAAACGCCCUGGGAACGAGGUUAAAGCGGGGACCCCCUCUUUGGUCCUCUUUGAGUCCGUUGUAGGGAGGUGGCCGUUAAGAGACUGGGAACUAUAUUGCCGCCAGAUCACAGAAAACUUCAAAUCUCAGAGCCGGAACAAAGACAUCCGAGAGGGGGAGAGGUUGAGGCUUAAAUUCUUCAACAGAAAGAAAACAUUGGACCGUGAUUUUACCAGCAUUGUAGGAGAUUCCCGUAAGAUGUUUCACAGACCCUUGGCACUGCAGGAUGAAAGGGGGUGGUACUUCCUUAUAUGAUGGAAGGGUAGGAGUUUUGGGCCUUUUUGGUCUGAAAACACUUUGCCAGUUUUGGUGUGGAAUCGGGUAUGGUUUUCGAGGGAACUACGGGAGCGUACAUGAAUGGACGGAUUUAUCGUUUCAAUUCCAAACGAAUAAGAACGAAAUAGAAAUGUGCGAAUUCGAAAUGCAUUUGGAGAAUUUUUUUGUUUCCGCUCUAACUUGGUAAUGAUGACAUAAUUUCUGCCUAAUUAGACCUAAACUAUUCCAGGCUCUGAGAUAGUUGGGUCCGCUGAAAUGAGAAAGCGAAAACACGAAAAUAAAACGAGUGAAAACUGGGGAGUCUCCCCAACUAUCUGAGAGUCUGGAACAGGCUAAAUUAGGCCAGGUCUGAAAAUGGGUAUGGAUUUUAGAGAUCUGGUCUGAAAACGGAUGUGGAAAAUGGCAUUUUUUCAGGGUCUGCAAUAACGUCAGGAUUCGGAGAACCGAGCACCACACCCCCACCAAGAAUUCCCAGUGGUACCACCCUCCGGGGAUCAGGAGCAGGGUGUAAAUCAUGUCAUCAUAAUCAUCGCUUAGAAUAUAACGUUGGAUGACUCAUUUCGGUUAUUAUUCACGUAUGUGAGUAAUCCCUCCCCCCUAAUACUGCUUUUGUGCAUCGCGGAAUGCCCUACAUUGACCUUCUCGUCUGAGUUCCUUCAUUCAGUCCUCAUAUUCCCAAGGCUUUAUUUGAAACGGAAUUGUGGCAUCCGAUAAGAAAUUUACUGAUCUGACUUACAUCAAUACUAUUUUUUUUAAAUUCAAUGCUUCUUAUUGGUUUAAAACUGCAAAUUGAAAUCUCUUCUAACUCCCUCCUUUUAUAAAAUUCAGAGUUUAAUUUCAGUUGCCUUGAGUACCGGCAUAACCUUCCUUCUCCGUGGGAAGAAUAGACUACGUGAGGAAUGUUAAAGCUGGGACUACUGUUUUUGCUAGUCCGCUUUCCAUUUCUCUCGGUUUUACCUUUCUAAAGUCGUUUUUAUAUACAUAGUCUGUAGUCCGCGUUUUAUACCUAGUCCGUGUUUUAUACUCAGUCCGGAGUCCGCAUUUUAUACCUAGUCCGUAUCAGAGUAGCCUGAUUCUCAGACGUCCGAGGUCGUUCGCGGUCCCUUUCGCUUCCCUCCCUCUCCCGUCUGAUAUACUCUGUGCGAAGUCGUGUUCGUGACGUCAGAGCCCUUUGUGUAUAUGAAAAGCCAAUCACAACGCGCGUAAGAAAUGAAGCAUGGAAGAAAAUACCACGCAGCACUCUCCUUUCUCAAUCCUCAUGUCAAGUACCUUAUCCUCUCCUAUCGAGCAAGCUGAGAUGCCACAUUUCCGUAAGUAACUUGUUUGAUCUUCCAUGAGGCUCACUAAAGGGGAUAUUAUAAUUAUUACUGGGUUCGCUGCAAAUCCAUCGCGGCCUCGUGAUAACUCGGCGUGAACUAAAGGAGCCAUCUGGAACACAAGAGACUUUCCAAACCCCGUUGGCAAGUUCAGAAGGACGUCAGUACCAUAAACAAACGUUUUAAGCGCUUUGAACUGUUCGGGGAACAGUGUUUCCACGCCAAAAACUUGGCAAGCGUUUUGCACGGCUGAAUCGAAACCUUCCACAUCUUCCGCCAUUUUGAUUUGACUCGAUGUGUGGGAAAUUACAUUCCAUACAUUCCACACUUCUCGAAAUAUGGUACACGCGCUCUGAUUGGUGAAAAUUGGCAAUGACUCUGACGUCACGAACACGACUUCGCACAGAGUAUAUCAGACGGGAGAGGGAGGGAAGCGAAAGGGACCGCGAACGACCUCGGACGUCUGAGAAUCAGGCUACUAUCAGAGCGGAUAAAGGUUGGGCGGUGAAACGAGCGCGUCCGAGCAAAAAGGUGUGAUGCAGUGGACUGGGACUCUGCUUAGAAAUGUCGCUUGUUUUCGACUUCGGUCAGGGCUUCUGAUGUGGUUUGUACAUUAGAUACUGCCGCUGUCACUGAAUUAUGGCAGCUUGAUUUAUUUUCUUGCUCUUCUUCCUCGUUCCUUUGUGCUGGUACGCUGUCUCCGAGAGGCAAAUGUUGCUAUUUUUUGCGGGAGGUUUAGUUGGAGUAGACAAACAUCUCUUUCAAAGGGUUUCUUUUAUUACUUCCAUGACUCUACCACUGAAAUAUAUUUUCGUUCUGCUACUCGCCAAUGUCGAUGUUAUUUCAAAACAAAAACGACUAUGUACUGUCUAAAACACGAAGGAAAAUCUCAUCCAUGUCAUCCAAGGCAAAACUAAAUGACAGCAGAUCUUGUUUCAUAACUAGAUGACGUGUAUUUUUUAAAUGCGUGCAGCUCGUGCAAGGUGAAGUUAUGCUAAUUUCAAUCACCAAAAUCAUCCUUCUUUUUAAUUUUGAAAAAAACAUCUCAUACGUCUUUCUGUUUGUUCGAAACUUCAAAAUUAGUUUCCCCACAGUUUUUACUGUUUACCUUGUUUAGUUUUAGAGAGAAAAACUGAGAAAAAAACCUUACAACAAACCUCAAUAAAUUUUGUUUACAUGCGGUUGCCAGAUUUGCAACGCAUUGCGCGAAUCGCCAUGGCGCGUUGCACCCGAGAAGCAAAGUUUGAAGAAGUACAACGCCACUAUAUCAAUAUAUAUCAAUCUAAUUUUCUGGUAUGUUAUAUAAAAUUUAUCCCCCUUUAACAUAUGUAAAAAUUGAGGUUAAGAAGUGUUAAGCUUUUGCAAACGAAACGGCGAAAGACGAUUAGGUGAUAUUUAGUGGAAGGAGGAGGUAUUCAACACUUUCAAAUUAAACUCAAAUUUUGGCAUUAUACGACUAACAAGUUUGACUUCUAGACGUACAGACACAAACAUAUGAAACUGUUUAUUGAUAUUGUUAUGAAACGAAUUUAUCUAUUUUAACAUUGUAGCCUGAAAUUACCGAAAGAAAAUAGGAUUUCCGGUUUGCAAAAAGGAAAAUUUCGCCGGCCUUCAAGCGCACCGGAAGCGCGGAAAGAGCGCUCGUGCCAGUCCUACUCCGCAUCACACAUUAAAUGAAGAGCGGAGCGCUCGUUUCACCGCCCAACCUUUAUCCGCCCUGGUCCGUAUUUUAUACCCAGUCCGCAGUCCGUGGUCCGCAGUCCGCAGUCCAUGUUUUAUACUGACCGAAUUCAAACUACAAAACUAUCGAUCCCACCGAGAUUUUACUUCCACGAUGUAUUAGAGCAGCUAAAAACUAAUUUUCAUACAAAUUUCGCUUCAAAAGGGUUCUUGGUUUUGUGAUAGAGUACGCUUGAAUUUCUAAGCUUUUGCGUGACGCGACAUUUGCAUGACGUUCAAGAGAGACGGUCGUGUAGGUUAAAAAAAUGACUUAUUUUAGGGAAUUUUCCUAUCUAAACAGUUCAUGUAUUAGAAAAAGUAUUACUUUAAUGUUUAUGAGUUCGUCUAAGAAUAAAUUCACGUUUUUGUAGCAAAACUCGGUAACAGAUGUUUCUGUUGGUUUCCGUCCGCCAUGUUGGUGCUCAUCCGGGUGAGCACCAGCAUGGCGUCUCCAUACAAAUCUCUAUAAAUUUGGGUAAAACGUUUCUUCGAAUAUCUCGCAAUUUGGCGAGGGUCUUUGCAUAUUUACCUCCCCUUUCAUUUCCCAGAUUCUGGACUUUAUCUGUUCAACGGUUUUGAUUUUUAUUUUGAUCUAUUUUGAAUGGCGUGACACUGAAACUGAAAACCAGCAAUGGUGAGAGUCCCUGUUGAUACCCGCCAUCCUCAGCAACACAAUAAUUAUUUACUCUAUUUCUCUCCUGCCCUCCCGAUCCCAUCCCUGACAUUUUACGGACCUCCUCCCCCGAGCCUCUCGAUGUUCUGUGAUGCACGUAUUUCUACUUUAUUUUAUUUUUUCUCCUUAAUAAGUUGGGAUAAGGCCAUUUUAUCCGACGUCACGUAGUUUGGGAUACCUGUGCAAAUUCCAGUUUUGCAUGACCAGGAGACCCUGGAAACGAGUUCAUGGGGUCAUACAUGAACUACUGACCCACAUUUGAGUAAUUUUGUUUUAAAAUUUCCUUCUGAGGUUGCUUCUUUACGAGUGAUCUUAUUUUGAUGAGCUACCCUUUAACAGGUAUGUUUAGAUUUUAGGUGAAAGUAUGUCGUUCAUUUCCGAAGAGUAGCUUUGUAGUAGUUGAUCAGUAGUUCCAAUAUAACUGCAUGCACAACUGCAUGCAGCGCUAUGAUUUGCAAACAACUGGAACGUUUUGGAUACAUUUAGCCUAUUUUAUCGUCCUGUAACAAUUUCAAAAGCCUCAAUUUGAGCAAGGGAAAUGAUUUAACGUUUGAAUCCCUGCCCGUACUUGCCAGCCUAGGAUAAAUGGUGAGCUAUGAGUCUGUAGUUACAUACAUUUUGUACGGUUGCAUGACUUCAUGACAGUAAAACAGGUGCUUUUUAAUUGCUUUCAUCGAUGUCACAGAACCUACAAUCUGUACGUGUAGGUACAACUCCAUACAAACCCUUCUAAAUUUUUGGUGGGUCGACCCAAAAAAAAAUUAGAAAGGUUUGUAUGGAGUUUUCUAAGCAUAACUGGGCUACGAUCUCAGAGACAAUUUGCCCCGAAAUGCUCAUUUUUGGCAAGUAGGCCUCCUGGACAUUGUUCUUUCAGAAUAUCCGGAAAAAUCCCAUAAUUUCAGAAAUUUCAUUUUUAUGACGUCAUCACUUUAGUACUCUAUAAAAAAGUUCAACGAGCUGAAUUUUCGAACACUGGAGCUUCUCUCACCUUUUCUAUAAAAAUGGAUGUGCAAUCAUUAUACCUGCCAACUCUCACGCCUUAGGCGUGAGUCUCACGCCUGUGGGUUGAAAACUUUGAUCUUAUGCCGGCUUACGCUUGCAGGCCAAUUUCUCAUGCCUGAUUGAAAAAUGUGAGUUGUUACCGUCUUGCUUGACACAAUUUCCAAAAAUAUGUUUACUCAGACCCAUGUAACGAACGAAAACCAUGUGUAAAAUGAAUAAAUGACAAUACCUUCCUCGCGAUCUCUGAUGUUUGAAGUGAAAAGCACUGGGAGCGAGCUCGCGUUUAUACGCGUUGUAAGGCUGGGACUGGGAUAACUUCAAUAACUUCGCCUUCGGCAGACUUCGGACAUCUUCGGAAGACUUCGGACUUCUUCCGGAAUCUUCGGAAAUGAUCGUGUCGUCUUUAAAAAUCCCAGCACUUCCAGAAUAAAAAUCUCACGCUUAUAUCUCAGAAAAAGUUGGCAGGUAUACAAUCAUGUACAUGUAUUUGAAUGAGGAUAGACAAGAUUAUUAUUUAAUUUUAAAAGUCUUUGCUUAACACCUGAGCCUGGCAUUUUCUCCAUGUAUUUAUUGUUUGCCAUGGAUGUUUUGAUAAAAACUCUGAUACUGUAUUUAUUUAACAAUAUGAAUAUUGCUGUUUGAAUCUAUAAUUUUAGUCCUGUUUUUACCCAUUUAAAAUAUUUCUGUUUCUGUUUGGCCAAAGUCCAGCUAACUCUCUUUGCAAAUGGCAAUACCAUAAGUUGUUUAUGCCAAUGGCUUGUAUAAUUAACAAAUUAAAGGACAGCAGAAGACGCAGUAGCUCAGCUCAUUUGUUAGAGCUGGAAAAAUUAGUGGAAGAUUUCUCGUGACUUUCUGCUGAAAUAAAACAGUAGCUAAUUUAAAAAAAGCAUAACUAGAAUUGCAAAAAUACCCUGUAAGCGAUAUUAAAAGAAACAUGACUUUAUAAGCUUCAAUAGACUUGAAAGGUGCCAGAUUGUCUAGAGGUCUGAUGUUAUCAGCUGGUUCCACAGCUCAGUUGCAGAGAUGGCGAAAGCCCUACUAACAACAUACUUGUACAUCCUUAUGUUGUUUUUGGCACGGGCCAAAUGAAGGGCAGAAGAUGAUUAAAGCCAGCUGUACCUGAGUUCAAUAUGGUCAUCGUGUAAUAAAGAAUUGCUUGAAAGAGUCUUACGGAUGCAGAAGAGAGCUGCACGCAUUAUAUUGGACGGCGAAAGAACAACACGCACGUUAACUAUGUUUAAUGAACUUAACUGGAUUCCAUUUUUUAUCGAGGCAUAUAUAAGAAGAUGUUCUGUAUAUAGCCUUUAAGAGAAUAGAGAGUACAACUUCAGAUUAAAUUAAUUCUACAUUAAAGACAAAUUCUGAGAUUCAUAACCGAUCCACUUGUUUUGCAAAUUUGAAUCUUCAUUGUCCUGUUUUUAAGAAAAACACAGAAGGAGGUCGAACCUUUAUCGUACGAAAUAUUAAAAAUUGGAACGAACCGUCCGUGGACGUUAGAAGGGAAAAAAUGUGAAAUCUUUUAAUAAGAAAUUGUAUACGAAUUUGAUUGCUAAGCAAAAAGAGACACUAGGUAAUUUUGAAUACCUUUUAAAAGUUUUUAAAUAGUUUUGAAUAUCUUUUAAAUAUUAAGUCUGUAAAAUAAGUUGUUUUAGAUAGUAAAUAGUUUUUAAAAUAGUUAAGAUUUCUAAAUAAGGCUCUAGAUAGUUAAUUUUCUAAAUACUACUAUUUGCUUGUUUUUAAAUUGCAUCUUUUAAUGUUAAUUUUUAUCUUUUUAUAGUGAUAGUGUAAAAUUAUUUUAAUAUUAAUUUUGUUUUUAUGUUUUAUAGAGGGCCACAAGUUUAUCAGUUUUUUCAUAACUGUCAUGUGUUUACCCUCUUUAAACAAAGGCGUUACCUUACCUUACCAUUAAAGCAUUCAUACUGUGGGACGAUAAGGAGUAGGCAGCUGUUUAAUGCAGGACGGCAUCACAAGUUCUUCAGCUUUCAUCCUCCUAACUGUUAGCGUGCUUAUAAUAUUCUCUGUUCAUAUUUAUAAAUAAAAUAUAAAUAUUCCUUUUGUUAUUUCAGAUGGGUGCCAGUAAAUCUAAAGAGGGCAAAGUAUUAAGUAAACCUGGAGAGGGUGGUGCCUCGGCAGCUGCUUCUAAGCCUGCCAAAGGUGUGGUUAUUCCAGAAGAUACUGUACCUUAUCCAGGAUUACAAGUUCAGUAUCACUUGAUAAAUGUGCAGGUGUGAUUUUAAUUAUUCCAUAGAGUGGGUAACAUUAUUCACUUUGACUACCCUUAUCAAAUCUACAUAUAUGACUUGUAGCAUUUAUGUGACAUAUGUUUCACUGGUCCACAUAUAUGUCACCUAUAUGUAGAUGUAUAUGUACAUGUAUGUGACAUAUAUGUAAAUCCAUGAGGGUGAGUGAGAACAUAUAUGUAAUAUUUAUGUAACUUUUUACAUAUAUGUGACAUGUAUGCAAUUAAUCCACAAGGUUGAAUGAGAAUAUAUGUGACAUAUAUGUAAAUUUUAACAUAUAUUAUGUGACAUGUAAGUAAAUCUGCAAUGAUUGAUGGGAACAUAUAUGCCUGGGGUCAUGCUACUCUUUGCAGUCCUUAGAAAAGGCCUGCAAUUUUCUAGAGAAAUUGCUUGAAAACUCCUGGCACAAUGCUACAUUUUCUGGUUGAAGACUUGUGAGCUUGUGCAACAGCACUUUCCACUUUUAUACAAGUUAUUCAGGGAGAGAAUGAUGGCAGCUGGCUGAGUGGAUUGAGAGAGGAAAAGCUAAUAAUAAUACUUUACUAAAUAUAUAUAAUAAUAAAUAUUACUAUUGAGUACACUACACACGACAUGCCUCUUACAAAAUUGAUUUUCCUUUUAUUUAUGAUAAUUUAUGAUACAGGUUACCAUGCAUUCCAACAUAGGCUUUAACUUUGCACCAGGAACCACCAUGGUCAGUACCAAUAUUGAUUCAUAUUACCCAACACUGGCACAAGCAUACAGUGAGGGAUACAGACUGACCACAUUUUAUAGGAUCCCAGGGGCAGCAAAACAGCAGGGCUUUAUGUCUACAGCUGUUAAUAUUCCAUUUCAAGGCAUUUUUACCAAGUGAGUAUACACUGUAGUUGUUCAUUCAGGGCUGCUGGAAUUAUGUAAAAUUAUGAUGGAAUUUCACACAACAUCUUAUAUAUUACACCUGAUCAAACAGUCUAUGAGAAAUCUUACUUUUGUAAAAUGCAAAUUUAGACAAAGUAACAUUAGCUGCUGAAAACAGUUUUAAAAUGUCCAGGCUAUUUAACAUUCAUUGGAAACAUCUGAUUGAGGGGUGCCUAUGAAAUCUUUGUGAGAGCAAGUUUUGUUUGUGAAAUCUUCUCUUGACUCAGGAGGGCAUUCAUUCAAAUGGGGUGAUGUAUCCAAUGAACGGGUAAUUAAUAUAACGAAGCCGUUCAAACCGGCUCACAUUUCCAGCAAACGGGUGACCAAGCUGUUAGAACCACUGACAAACAGCUUGUUAACGAAAAGCCGUUAGUGUGCGUUUUCGCGUGAGAGGUCCCAAUUUUCUGCUUAACAGAUCUUUUCUGGCUUGAAAUGUGACCUUCUGGAUUCUUAUUUUCCUAGAUUCACACUCUUUAAGAUAGACCUUUUCAGACAGUUUUACAUGACAUGGUUCAUUGGUAUGGUAGUAUUAUGUUGAUUUAACAAAUACUAUUUAAAAGUACAUGUACAUUGUAGUGUUCAUUAUUAUUAUUUAUGGUAGUGUUCCACAAAAUUAAUUCCGGUAGAUGAAUGCAUGCAUCUUAUUAUAUGGAUGAGUCCGUGAGUGGGCAAGGUGAAGCAAAUCCUGCAUUCUGAUUGGCUACCCCAGCAGGCAAGAUGAGCGUCAUUUGUUUUUGCAAUUUUAUUGAAUGCGACUUGUCUCAGUCAAAAAAAACACAAAAAAGAACUUUGCCAAUUUUCAGCCAUCUUGACUUCACCCAUGGGCAAACGCAUAUAUUAUACUAUUUGUUACCUUCUUUUUAAACUGUUGACAGAUCUGUAGUGUAUAUUUAUUCUUUGUAUCUGAAUUGUCUUCUUAGAUUUCCUGCAGCUCCUCCAAGUGGUGAGAACUGGCAGUUGAAAGUGGACAAGUCCAUUAUGUUUGUACAACACAUCAGACAAGGAAUUCUCUCAACAUCUUCCAUGUCACAAGCAGAUACCAGUGACCUGUUGAAUAAAAUCAUGCAGGUUGGUUUAUUAUUAUUAUUAUUAUUAUUAUUAUUAUUAUUAUUAUUAGUAUUAGUCUUAUUAAAUCCACAACUAGGUUUCUUGGUCUAUUCUCUUAUUAAACAUAGAAAUAAUCUUAAAUGCUCCAAACUCAAGUGGAACCACAAGCCAUAUUAUUGUACACUGUAGGCAAAUCGUCUCACUGCAAUUUAAAUGAACAGUUAUUUAGACUAAUUUCAAUGGUCAAAGUGUAUAUACACUGUAGACCAUAGAAUUUUUUUUGUUUUGGUUUCUUUUUUAUGUUCAUUUCUGUUGAAGGUUUUCCUCGCAAAAGCGUGAACAAGAAAAGGAGAAAAACAAAUUGAUUGUGCCACCACCAUCACAUAAAUCAUAGCUCUUGACCAAUCAGUACAUGAGAAAUAGCUCAGUUAUUUCCGGCGUCUAUUUUUUGAGAACGCGCGAAAAAAUAUUUUAAAGUCAAAUCUCGUACUCUUGGUCUUUCUCGUCCUCGAAUCUAAAGGCGAAGCUGUCUAUUAAGAAAAUCUCAUACUCAUAGUUGUUUCGUCGUAGAAUCUAUAGGUCUCUAUUAUUUGCAUUGAUUUGAUCAUUCCAGCACACGGCUAGUGGCGGUCAGUUGGUAUGUGUAGAAAUGACAGGUCAAGCAUUGUCACAAGGAAUGUCUGCAGCUUGGACAGGAAUGUCUGCAGGUAAGACACUGUUGAGCACUUUAGUUCAGCUGAGAUCUUAUCCUCAUGGUUUGAAAGGGGAAAGGGUAUUUAAGAUGGCUCGAUAGGUUUUUUUCAGGGGCAAAACCUCGUUUGAGCAUUAACUGCCUCGCUACAAACAAAGAUUUGUAAAUAUGACCACCACAGCUGUAUUCGAUCUUUAUGACAAUUUGUUACACGAUCAUUGUUACAGUGACAGCAAAGUUGUCAUAGCAGCGAAAUGACCUCAUUAUCUAUUUUUUCAUGCAGCCGUAUUUCUCGGCAGUGGGAGGUUUUUCCAAGAUCGUUCACGGCAGUUUUUUCCACCAGUAACUACCACGAUGUUUAUUCUAGUGGACUUUGCUCAACCCUCACAAACAUUGAGGUAGCCUGUUGCCGCAGACGUAAUUUAAUAUCGGUUAAGGCUGGUUUUCACUAGCGACGGAGUGGGAGUCGGAGUCGGAGUCAAAAUCAGAAGCGUAGAGCUUAUGAACUAGUGAAAACAGCAUUCUGAUUCCGCUUACGACUCCGUCGCUUACGUUCCGCUUAUGAUCCAGUGAAAACUAAUUGUCGGAGUCGAAAGCAGCAGCGGAAGGAUAAACCAAACACCAAGCGUGGGAACAAGCAUUGUGAUUGGUUCAUCCUUCCGCUUCUGCCCCCGACUCCGACAAUCUGGUUUUCUCUAGAUCAUAAGCGGAACGUAAGCGACGGAGUCGUAAGCGGAGUCGGAAGAAAAAGAAACGUUCUAGUUCUUCGGACUCUGAUUCCUUCGCGCUUACGACUCUGCUUACGACUCCGAUUUUUUAUUUUCACUAGGUCAUAAGCGCUCUAACGACUCCGCUUACGAAUCCGACUCUGACUCCGACUCUGUUGCCGGUGAAAACCAGCCUUUUGUAACGUCUGGGAAGCAGCAUCGAGUUCUGGGCUCCAAACUGAUACUCAAAGAAGUACAGGAAAUGCGCUUCGAUUUCUUUUCAUCCUGAUUGGCGAAUCGGCAUUGGCCUUUUUAGCAGGCCAAUCAUGGCGCGUAGUCAAAUCCUGCUACACAGGUUAGGACACAGAACAAGGAUUUCGGCGCUGUUUCGCUGACCGACUUAACCAGCGUUAAGGCUAGUCAUCAUUGAGCGCACUCCAGUAACAGCUCAGAGCAAAGAUUAAUGUUAAGAUGUUCUUUUCUUUUUUAUCUUGUUAGGCAUGGGAGUUGAUUUAUUUUUUGACAUACCAACUCACCCAAAUCCUCGUCGCUAUGUUUACCAAGCUGUCAAUGUGCCUAUCAACGUGUCCGUCUCACCCGGAUUCCCAGCGGGGAAAAUCCAGGUUUAUUGUGAUUGGCUAGGACAGAUGGCGGCAUUUCUCCAACAAGGCUGGCGAUUGGUUGAAAUUUUCUUGGAUCAAUCGGGCGCUACUCAAGCCCAUGGCUUUUCUGCAUCUCAGGCGCUCAAUUCUGUGUGGUUCUUCGAGAAAGAGGCUAGUCGAAUCAAUGAUCCCCGCCCUGUUUAUGAAGGUACAGUGAUAGAGUAUGAACACAGGAUUGAAGCUGGUUUUGCCCAAGUACAUGCGACUCCCCAGUGGGAUUCAGUCCUCUUUGAGAUGGGAAAGCGUGGAUGGGAACUUGCUUGUAUCCUGGAAACACCAGAAGUCAGGAUGACAGGAUUUGCAAAAAUGAAAAUGAAACUUUUAAUGUUUUUUCAAAGAAAAAUACCAGGGAUGUAA